UUGAUGUUUUGGGGCCCUUUUAAGUUAAUCAAAAACGUGUUUGCACUAGUGAACGUAUAGUGUAGAAGAAAGAAAAUCCACAAAACUCUUGCCAUUAUGGCACAUUUUGUACAAUGGAAUUAAGUCCCUAGAUGGUCAUUAGAAUGAGUAGAAAUGAGCAAUGAGCUAAUCAUGACAACUGAAAAAGGGCAUGUUGCAGUCAUUAUAUUGGUAUGUCGUCAUAAACCUUUGGCAUAUGGACACAAAGACAUACCUCUAGUUCAUCAAAGGUCCAGAGAAGAGCCUAGGAGAUGUUUUUUUUUUUCUCAAACAGGACUCUAAUUAAUGGCAGCGAGCUUCACAUUAGCUUUUCAAAUGAGCAAGCAGCCACAAAAAGAAUUAUUGGUUUCUGUGUCAUACUUGUGGUUGGCCUGAACGACGUCCAUCAGCGCAUGGACAGACCAAAUAAAAGACACUUGUUCUCAAGCGGGGACAGAAGAAGAUCAGACGACUCCUCAUCAGACGAGCUAGAAGAUGAUGUGGCUCCACUCCAACUUCCAGAAAGCUGCUGGGAAGGAUACGUCUAACAGGCAGAAAGUCCUGCUGCUGGUCUGGAUGUUGCUGCUGUCUGAGCUGACUUGUGAUGCUCACAGCAUGUCUGAGUGCUGCAGACAGCCCUCCCAAUCCUGCCGCCUCUAUGUGCUGCUGUGUCGCUCUGGCAGUAAGACCUUCGGGGGAGCGCUCACAGGUGAUGCUUCGGCUGGAAUCCUCACUUUGGGUAAACGGAAAGAAGACGUGGACCGCUUACAAAGCCGACUGGCCAACCUCCUCCACGUGUCCAGGAACCCAGCAGCUGGGAUUCUAACGAUGGGGAAGAGGACUGAAGAGAGGUCUGCAGAUUACACAGACUGGAUGGCUCAGUCAGGAAUCCCAAUCACAGCACUUAAGCAAAGCUAAAUCACUCACGGCAUGAGCAUACUGGGACUAUUUGCAAUUUUCUUUGAGCUGUGCACUUUUGAAUGUGAUGUCUAUUUCCCUAUCAGAUAGUAAUACGAAUAAUAAGAAGAUAUUGUGGUGAAAUAAACAAUAUGAAA